UGCGCACUGCGUUAUUCCACCAACAUGGCGCUGGCAAAGUCCGUCUACAAUCUGCUCUUCAGGAGAACGUCUACUUUCGCUAUAACCAUCAUGGUUGGAGCGGUCUUCUUCGAGCGAAUAUUUGACCAAGGUGGCGACGCGAUUUUUGAGCAAAUGAAUCGCGGGAAACUAUGGAAACACAUCAAACACAACUACGAGAACCAAGACGAGGAAUAGGACGCCGCGGGUUUACCUAAGGCUAAAGUGCAACUGUUGACACACUUCCCUGAUCCAUUCUUCUGGACUCCACACCUGAAACAAGCAUCAGUCAACAUGGACAAUGUGCUCAUAGUCAUGCCCAGGCUGGCAGCGGCAACUGGAGGACCUGUGGGAGCUGACUGACUGUCCAGACCACCAUGAAGAUGGAGCAGUGGUUCCUGUCACCUCGUCCUCUAACCCUUCCUGUUGUUGUUUUUAAAGCCUUUGUUCCCCUCAAAGAUUGUAAAUGGUUAAAUUAAACAUAUGUUAAUGUCGUAAA